ACUAAAAGUCGAGUCAAUUGUCGAUGAUGCUACCGUACACAUUCAGUUCAGCGGGCAUUUCCUUCUCCUUUUCUUCUUCUAUCGAAGACGCUCUGGAUCCAAGAAAAUCACUCGUCUCUCUCACUCAUACUCUCCUCGGAGUUGUAUGUUGAAAAAUAGCAAAUGAAUCAGCUUGCAAAUGCAUUUUCUUUGCUUCAAUUGGAUGUUGCAGAUGACAGAGAACCAACAGCUACUGAUGUAGCUGCUGACAAUAGAGAAAGUGCUAAUCGAAGAGGUAAGGGUAAGAAAAAAGCUGACAGCCCAGGAGACAUGACCCUCUCAAAGGAUGAGAAUGGCGGUCAACAAAGCAUAGAAAAGGUUUCAGGAGAGUACAAGAUGCCCCUUGCGUGGAUUGAUUUGGAAAUGACUGGUCUAAAUGUGGAAGUUGAUAGAAUACUGGAGAUUGCUUGUGUAAUUACAGAUGGCAAUUUGACCAAAUUAAUUGAGGGUCCCGAUUUGGUUAUCCAUCAAAGUAAGGAAUGUUUGGACAAAAUGGGAGAAUGGUGUCAGACUCAUCAUGCAGCAAGUGGGUUGACAGAAAAGGUGCUCCAAAGUACGAUUAGUGAGCAGGAAGCUGAAAAGCAGGUUAUUGAAUUUGUAAAGAGAUAUGUAGGCACGCAUACACCUCUUCUUGCCGGAAAUUCAAUUUAUAUGGAUUUUCUAUUUUUGAAGAAGUAUAUGCCAGAUUUGGCCAGUCUUUUCUCUCAUGUACUUGUUGAUGUUAGCAGUGUCAAGGCUCUAUGCUUUCGUUGGUACCCAAAAGAAAACAAGAAGGCUCCUUCAAAACAAAACAAGCAUAGAGCAAUGGAUGACAUCAAGGAAAGCAUAGCAGAACUGAAAUACUACAAGGAGAACAUAUUCAAAUCAAAGCCUAAGAAGUGACAGCAAAAGAAGACACUGCAGAUUUCAGGUUGAAGUGAUCUGUCCUGUUUAAGCAACUUUGAUACACUUGACCUAAAUGCUGAAGAUCUGGCCCCAGUUAUGUAAAAUGGUAUUAUGGGGUUAGAUCAUACAGUUUUUUUUUAUAGGACCCAAUGUCACUCUGCUUAGACCAUAGAAUGGAUGGUCUUUGUUUCGUUGAUUAGUGCUUUAAAUUUUAGCUUUUCCUUUGAAAACUGAUGGAUGAUGCCUACAUGAAUGUGUGUGUGAGUGAUAGAGAGAGACCUUAGUGAUGGGAAACGACAUUGACAACAUUUUCAUCACCUGUAUGCUGCUAAUGUUGUUUCCCAUUAAAACAACGAAGUUUUUUAUUUGAAGGGUCUUUUUAACGGUGCCUAACUGCGCUCAUUAGCAUGCCUUAAAUGGUUGUAUAUUUCACUAAGUGUGCGUAGUUUAUGAACGUAUAACUAUUUAUGUUACUCGUUUAUUUACUGUGUA